CUGCGUCUGGCUCCCGCUCUCACAGCCAUUGCAGUACAUUGAGCUCCAUAGAGACAGCGCCGGGGCAAGUGCGAGUCGGACGGGUACUGGGCGACUCUGUGCUCGCUGAGGAAAAAUAAUUAAACAUGGGCAAAGGAGAUCCUAAGAAGCCGAGAGGCAAAAUGUCAUCAUAUGCAUUCUUUGUGCAAACUUGCCGGGAGGAGCACAAGAAGAAGCACCCAGAUGCUUCAGUCAACUUCUCAGAGUUUUCUAAGAAGUGUUCAGAGAGGUGGAAGACCAUGUCUGCUAAAGAAAAGGGAAAAUUUGAAGACAUGGCAAAGGCUGACAAGGCCCGUUAUGAAAGAGAAAUGAAAACUUAUAUCCCUCCUAAAGGGGAAACAAAAAAGAAGUUCAAGGAUCCCAAUGCACCCAAGAGGCCUCCUUCGGCCUUUUUCUUGUUUUGUUCUGAGUAUCGCCCAAAAAUCAAAGGAGAGCAUCCCGGCCUAUCCAUUGGUGAUGUUGCAAAGAAGCUGGGGGAGAUGUGGAAUAACACGGCUGCAGACGACAAGCAGCCUUAUGAGAAGAAGGCAGCUAAGCUGAAGGAAAAAUACGAAAAGGAUAUUGCUGCAUACCGAGCUAAAGGAAAGCCUGAUGCAGCAAAAAAGGGAGUUGUCAAGGCUGAAAAGAGCAAGAAAAAGAAGGAAGAGGAGGAGGACGAGGAAGAUGAAGAGGAUGAGGAAGAGGAGGAAGAUGAAGAAGAUGAAGAUGAAGAAGAAGAUGAUGAUGAUGAAUAAGUUGGUUCUAGCGCAGUUUUUUUUUCUUGUCUAUAAAGCAUUUAACCCCCCUGUACACAACUCACUCCUUUUAAAGAAAAAAAUUGAAAUGUAAGGCUGUGUAAGAUUUGUUUUUAAACUGUACAGUGUCUUUUUUUGUAUAGUUAACACACUACCGAAUGUGUCUUUAGAUAGCCCUGUCCUGGUGGUAUUUUCAAUAGCCACUAACCUUGCCUGGUACAGUAUGGGGGUUGUAAAUUGGCAUGGAAAUUUAAAGCCGGUCCUUGUUGGUGCACAGCACAAAUUAGUUAUAUAUGGGGAUGGUAGUUUUUUCAUCUUCAGUUGUCUCUGAUGCAGCUUAUACAAAAUAAUUGUUGUUCUGUUAACUGAAUACCACUCUGUAAUUGCAAAAAAAAUUGCAGCUGUUUUGUUGACAUUCUGAAUGCUUCUAAGUAAAUACAAUUUUUUUUAUUA